GGCCUCCUCCCCGCUCCGAGAGCCGCUUCCCGCUGCGCGCGCGGUGCCCGGCCGCCGGCCAAGCGGGCAGGUGCCGUCGGCGGGGUGGCCAUGCGGCGCUGCGCCCUGCUGGCCGCCUUGGCGCUGGGCUACGUGGGCUACCUGCUGCUGGGCGCGCUCAUCAUCUCGGCGGUGGAGCGGCCCUACGAGAGCCGGCUGCGCGCUGAGCUGCGCUCUCUCAAGGCCGCCUUCCUGCGCGAGAGUCCCUGCCUGCCCGAGCCCGCCCUCGAAAGUUUCCUGGUCGCCGUCCUGAGUGCCAACCGCCACGGCGUGGCUCUGCUCCGCAACGGCUCGGCCGCCCCGUCCAACUGGGACUUCGCCUCCGCCUUCUUCUUCUCCAGCACCUUGAUCACCACCGUCGGCUACGGCUACACCACCCCUCUCUCGGACGCGGGCAAGGCCUUCUGCAUCUUCUACGCGCUGCUGGGCGUCCCCUUCACCAUGCUGGUGCUCACGGCCACCGCCCAGCGCCUGCUGGGCACCUUCACCUCCGGCCCCCUGGAGUACCUGGCGCUGCACUGGGGCCACAGCCGGCGGGCGCUCUCCUGCGGGCACCUCGUCUUCCUGGCACUGGUGGUGCUGGUUGCCUUCUUCCUGAUCCCCGCUGCCAUCUUCAGCUCCCUGGAGGAGUCCUGGAGCUUCCUGGACGCCUUCUACUUCUGCUUCAUCUCCCUCUGCACCAUCGGCCUGGGCGACUACGUCCCCGGGGAGCAGCCCGGCCAACGCCUCCGCUCCCUCUACAAGGUCUCCAUCACCGUUUACCUCCUCCUGGGGCUGAUGGCCAUGCUCCUGCUCCUCCAGACCUUCCACCGGCUGGCCGAGCUGCACGGCCUCUCCGACCUGGUCUUGCUCCCCCGGGAGCAGCCCUGCGAGGAAGACCACCAGCGCAUCCUGGACGAGCCCCCGACUCCCUCGGAGCCCCGCCAGGCGGAGAAGACCCCCGUGCAGCCCAGCCCUGGGGGGCAGGCCAACUACUCCUCCAUCAACAGAUGAUCCGGCCCAAAGCUGCAGGGGGGGCAGGGAAUCCUUACAGAGCCCCCUUUCCUGGGGGGAUGUGUGCCUGUUUUACUCCCCCUCUCACCCUGUAUGCUGAGCCUCUGCCCAUGUACAAAGCUUCUUUCUCCUUGGCCCUGUGCUACUGGGUGCUGGCCAGUCUCUUGUGGGGUGGGGGAAGGAGAAAGCCCUUCUCUCAGGGGAGGGCCUGAACACAACCUACGCGGGGAGGCGAUGUCGUCACUGGGUGCUUCCUCUGAGCUUUCAGAUUUAACGUUUGUAGGGUGGUGAUUUUAUUUGAAAAAGAACAAAGAAUGACGUUGGAACUCAUGGACACUUGAUUCCACACAGGGACACGAGAUUCUGCUGUUGGGGGUGGGCCUCUCUCACGCCCCCCACCCCAAAGGGAACAUGCUCUGUUGCUGCCCCCCCCCACUUGCCUGAGACUGCCUGGAUUUGCCCCUGAGCAGAU